AGAAGGGAGGCAAACGAGAACAAUUCAAAAUGGGAGACAAGGAUAGUGUGGAGAAGUACCUGGAGAACAAUCCCCAGUUCGCCAAAGAGUAUUUUGACAAAAAGUUGAGCCCGGAAGUGAUCGCGACAACGUUCGCAGAAAAUCUCAAAGAUCAGUCUUCCUUCAAAGAUGUCUCCCAAAUUCAGGAGGCCAACAUCAUCUAUGACCUGGUCAAAGAAAUGCAAUCGCAAAUCGUUAUGGAAAAGGUAUUGCACAAGGUCCUGCAGAGAGUUUGCUCGAUUUUGAAUGCCGACCGGUGCAGUUACUUUGGUCUUCGAGCUAGAAAUGGAAUACCUGAGCUUACAACGACGCUCUUCAAUGUCACCCCUACCUCCAAAUACGAAGAAAACCUAGUCAACCCCGCUAAUGAGAUUGUGUUUCCAGUCGAUAUGGGUGUAGUUGGAUACACAGCGCACUCCAAAAAGAUGCAAAACAUUCCGGAUGUUACAAAGAAUAACCGUUUCAGUGACUUUGUGGACAAGCAGACAGGAUACAAAACCAAAAACAUCCUCUCAUUCCCCAUGAUGGCUGAUAAGGAAUGCCUUGGUGUUGCCAUGGCACUAAACAAAAUUGGGGCUGAAGAAUUCUCAAAAGCCGAUGAGGAACUCUGGAACAAGUACUUGGUCUUUGCCCAAGUCAUUGCCACACAGCAUCACACUGCAUACAUGUUCAAUGUGGAAUCCAGGAAAGGUCAGGUCCUUCUGUGGUCUGCCAGCAAAGUAUUUGAAGAGUUGACAGACAUUGAGAGACAGUUCCACAAAGCUCUGUACACUGUGAGAAUCUACCUCAAUUGUGAAAGAUACUCUGUGGGCCUCUUGGACAUGACCAAAGAGAAGGAGUUCUACGAUGAGUGGCCAGUGAAGCUGGGAGACGUACCGCCAUACAGCGGACCAAAGACCCCCGACGGAAGGGAAGUCAUCUUCUACAAGAUCAUCGACUAUCUCUUAGAAGGACCCAAAGAGGAAAUCAAAGUCAUACCGGGUCCUCCUAUUGACCACUGGGCCCUGGUGAGUGGGCUCCCCACUUACGUGUCAGAGAACGGUUUUAUUUGUAACAUGAUGAACGUUGCCGCUGAUGAGUACUUCACGUUCCAGAAAGAGGCUGUGGAUGAGUCAGGUUUCGUCAUCAAGAACGUCUUGUCCCUUCCCAUUGUCAACAAAAAGGAAGAAAUCGUGGGUAUUGCCACUUUCUUCAACAGGAAAGAUGGUAAACCAUUCGAUGAGCACGACGAACAGAUCACUGAGGCCCUCACUCAGUUCCUGGGAUGGUCGGUGUUGAACUGCGACACGUACGACAGACUGAACCGAAUGGAGUGGAGAAAGGACAUCGCCCAGGAGAUGCUCAUGUGCCAGACUAGAUGCACCAACACAGAAAUGCAGAGUAUCCUGAACACAAAGGAAAAGUUUGAUGCGGAUCCAGAGGACUGUGACCAGAAAGAGAUGUACAAACUCUUGAGAUCAAAUUGUCCUGUGGCCAUAGACGUCGACCUGCUACUGUUCUCCUUCAGUGACUUUCCUGUGACUGAGCACGGCCUCAUCAUGUGCGGAAUUCGCUGCUUCUUUGAGUUGAACGUGGUGGAGAAGUUCAAAGUGCCAGCAGAGACCCUCACGCGAUGGAUGUACACUGUCCGGAAAGGUUACCGUGACAUCACUUACCACAACUGGAGACACGGCUUCAACGUGGGCCAGACCAUGUUCUGUCUUCUACAGACUGGCAGGCUGAGGAAAUAUUACUCUGACCUGGAUGCCUUUGCCAUGGUGGCCGCUGCAUUCUGCCACGAUAUUGACCACAGGGGGACCAACAACUUAUACCAGACAAAGAGUGGAUCGCCUUUAGCCAAACUGCACGGAUCCUCCAUCAUGGAGAGGCACCAUUUGGAGUAUAGCAAGACGCUCAUGGCUGAGGAGAGCCUGAACAUCUUUGUGAAUCUCCAGAAGCGUCAGUUUGAGACUGUACAGCACUUGUUUGACGUCUGCAUCAUUGCCACUGAUCUGGCCUUGUACUUCAAAAAAAGAACAAUGUUCCAGAACAUUGUGAACGCCACUGAGCCAAUGGAAACCGAGAAGGAUAAAAUCGAUCAUAUUUCCAACAACCCAAUCAGGAAGGAAAUUAUCAUGGCCAUGAUGAUGACAGGUUGUGACUUGUCUGCCAUCACCAAACCAUGGGAAGUCCAGAGCAAGGUGGCUCUUAUGGUCGCAGCUGAGUUCUGGGAGCAAGGUGACUUGGAAAGGACCGUUCUCGAUCAGCAACCCAUUCCCAUGAUGGACAGAAACUGUGCAGCGGAGUUACCCAAGAUGCAGUGCGGUUUCAUUCAGUUUGUGUGUGCGUUCGUAUACAAGGAAUUCUCAAGGUUCCACGUAGAGAUCACCCCCAUGUUUGAUGGGCUGAACAUCAACCUAAAGAACUGGAAAGAGCUGGCCGACAUCCACGCUGCCAAGAUGGCGGCCAUUGAGGAAGAGAAAAAGAAGCUUGAGGCACCACCAGCAGAUGAGGUUCCAGAGGGGGGAAAGUCCAAGACCUGCACCAUUGCCUAACCCCCUGGAGUGUGCCUCUGCCCUUGCUGUGUGGUGGAGGAUCCCUAGGCGCAGCAGGCAAUCAGUGUGAAGUUGUGUCCCUGUGUGGACUGAUCGCUUCACCUCAUUCUCAGGACUUGAUAAGCCAACCCUGAUGGAUCAACACACUCAACACAGAUGUACCAGCAGUUGGAGCAUUACCAUAUCUGGACAGCACAGUUAAAGUAGAGCAUAUCUUUCACAGAUAACUAACUAUAGGUACUACUUAAUCGACAACUAACAUCAUCUAUGUAAUGAAACAAACAUUACAUCUUAACAUCUACCAAAUGGCAUAUACCGUAUUUAAAUACUAUUUAUUGAGACGCAUUCUGCUUGGGGAAAUAAUUAGCUGUACAUUUUUAUCCAUACUCUGAUGGUCCAUAAAGAUAUGAGGGUGAGAGGAGAGUUCAGUGGACAAACUUUUAUAACUGAGCUGUUUUAUGAGAACAGGAAUACUGCUAAAUAUCUGAUAUACUCAUCUCAGGAUUUUUUACGAACAAAUAUGAGUACAAAUGAUAACACAAACUCUGUAGAAAGAGAGAGACAGACACUGUUCCUUUAGAAUGAUGUGCUGUAAGAGCACAAGCUUCUUCCCAUAACUCAAGCUUAAAAGGUCAACUUGCUACUGUGUUUUAGCAAGUGACAAUUUACUUUACCGAAGGUUAAUACAGUAGCAAUGCUGAAAACGUGUACACUCUUCUGAGCCUUGUGAGGGUAUAUUUAUGUUAAUAUGCUAAAUAUAUAUUUUUGGAUGUUUGUCAGAUUUUCUACUUGAUGUAUUUUAAGAGUCUUUAGAUCGUAUGAACUGAUGAUCUGGUUAGAAGUCGCGUUUGAGCAUCAGGUAUCCAUUGCAAACUGUGUACAAUUUUAAACUGCACAACAUUUUCCCAAUAACUUGAACAUGUAAUAUACAUAUUACUUGCUAUUUAUACAUAUGUGUAUCAUAAAUUGAAAUGCAGUAAUCUUUCAAAAAUGUAGAUGAUCCUAUUAUGUAUGUGCAUUCUCCAAAGAAAUGUAGUUCAUCACAUAGGAAAUGUAUGUAAAAUAUGUACAAAUUAAAUCUACAAUUUGCUUGUUA